GCAAUGUUCGGUUAUAUAUGUAGUGAUUUGUUAAGUUGAAACUAUGUCAAAAUACACGAUUAUACAUCUUAGUGGAGAAUAUUGUAAUAAAGUACUACGUGUUGAUGACACAGAAUUUGAAAGAUAUUCCUAAUGAUAACCCUAUGGUGUUUUACAAAUACCAUUAAAGUUCCACAGCCAUAUGGAUGGGUAAUGAAAGGAGUCAGCCAACAGGACUGUCAAUUGAUGAAACAGCGACUGAAGUAACUGACAGCUGGUCACUUCAUGGAGCAACUUAUGCAGUUGGAAGUGUGCCAAAGAUAUCUGUUUUUGUCACAUCAUGUAGUAAUUCCUCUGAAGUCUCUCAGUUGGAAAAAUUCACAAAGAAUGUUAUGUUAUACCGUCAUCCUUGCAUCUUAAAAUAUGUAGCAAGCUGGAAGAAAGGAUGGAAGUUUCACUUGGCCACAGAACAAGUACAGCCUCUUGCUCAGGUUCUUCCCUCUCAAACUGCACUCCAAGUCUGUGUGGGUCUGCAGAACAUUCUGAAAGCUCUGGUCUUCCUUCACGAAUCUGGGUCAGCAUCACAUAAUAAUGUUUGUAGGGCUGCUAUAUAUGUCACUCAAGGAGGUUCAUGGAAGCUAGGAGGAUUAGAGUAUCUUUGCAGGUAAAACCAAACUGCUUUUUAGAAUGGAU